GAUUAGUUUCAUCUGGAAUAGAACAUGGAUUAAUGGUCAGCUCAUGUGGACGCGGGUGGGAAUUUUUUGACCAACUGAGCUACUUUUAGGAAUAAGACCGACUGUGCCUUGAGUAGGAUUGCCGGAGAUGAAAGCUACUAGUGUCACAGUCAUCAUAAUCAUGGUGUUUGUGCAAAUUCAAGCUAAGGGCUACUGUGAUAUCUGCAAGAAUCACACAAUGUGUAUCUACCCGGAGACAGGCCUCCGGUGCUAUCAGGAAGUCGUCUACUCUAUACAUGACGACGCAAUAAAGGCGCACAUAGUGGAACAACACAAUAAACUCAGAAACGUCGUAGCGCUGGGACAAGAGACGCGGGGCGCCCCUGGUCCUCAGCCCCCUGCAGCCAACCUGAAGAAAAUGACUUGGGAUGACGAGCUGGCAGCUGUGGCACAACGGUGGUCCAACCAAUGCAUCUUCGAGCACGAUUCUUGUAGGGAUGUUGACAGAUUCGUGGUGGGGCAGAACUUAUUCUGCUGGAGUUCCAAGUACCGAAACGGCAAACUGCUUACGAACGAGACCUUGGAGUCACAACGCACUGCAUGGACACGGGCAGUGACGGCCUGGUACGACGAGGUCGCCAAAUUCGAUCCUCGGCACAUAAAACCUUUCCAUUUCUCACCGGACACCGGUCACUACACCGCGCUCUUGUGGGCUGACACCCAUCAUGUGGGUUGCGGCUUCGUGUCUUUCCUCGACCCGGGCCAGGAUGGCUGGUAUACCAAGCACUUCGUGUGCAACUACGGGCCUGCAGGUAACAGGUUGGGGGCUGCCUUGUACCAGGUGGGAGCAGCAGGCACGGGGUGCGAGCAACAGGACACGGCCUACCGUGCUCUGUGCGCCUAACAUACCCAUAGAAGAGACCGGAAAUGCUUUCGCACUGCAUGCAAAGAAUGGACAAGCGCGUAUAAAAGAAACAAUGAUGAAAUUAUAUUUCUGCAAAGGAAAAAUGCUAGUCUGUAAUCAAAAACUGAAAUAUAUGUAAUUAAUUAAAUGUAAUAUGUCAUGCCUAUGGUAAUAUUGUCAAAAAAUGAUAAAGAAUUUGCCUGCAAUCAACGAAUUUG